AUGGCCUCAAAGCCCCCACCCUGGUCAAAUACGCCUGCAACGCAGACGGAGGGCUCGGCCAGGGUGGCAAAUGGCUUGCCGUCGCUGCAGUCUGUUCUUAAGAGGUCUCUAGAUGCAUCAGAAGGGCAGAAGUCUCUGCACGUCGUUGCACCCGGUGGCGAUCUGAUUCUCGAGUAUAUCGAUGAGUCUUCAGCUGCAGAGCCUAUGUGCUGGCAGGUGGCGAGUGAGAGCCUCGCUACGAAGAGCCCUUACUUCAGCGCAUUAUUACAUCCGGAGAAGUUUGCUGAGGGCAGGUACCUUUCUCAACACAGGCAGGGGCUAAAUGAUGAUCUUGAUUCCCAGUUGAAUACUCGAGCAUCCGGCGAGAUUGGUCUCCCGAAGAUUCAGAUCCCAGCAUCUCGAGUCAUACAGCUCUGUGGUAGUGAAGCAUUGGGACUUUUUCUGCAGGCUUUAUGUCUUGAUUCCAUGACAGAUAGAGAAGUCGAAACCUUCAAAAAUGGGCUGAAGAAUGAAACGCCUUCGGCUGUGGCGAAAUUUAUUCAUAUCGCCGAUGCGUUCAACUCGCCCUCCGUGGCCUAUGAUCUGUUGAAGAACGAGUAUCUGUUUGGGCGCAAGGAUAAUACGCGCGCUUUCAGACGCUUCGACACUGCUUUGCUGAGGUUGAAGGAGGAUCGGGUACGCCAGAUCAUCAUGAUUUCAAUCUUCCUGAAAGAAUAUUCAAUUGCACGAACCAUGAUGCACAGUCUUCUCCUUGGUGGGUCGAGGCUCUGGGUUCAUGGAGUGGAGGUUCCAAGCAGUGAGUAUCUCCAAUGGCAAUACCUGCCCAAUGGCAUUGAAGAGGAGCUUUAUUCAAGGCGGCAAUUUGUUUUGAAUACCAUCACAGAUCUACAAGCCCAUUUCCUUCGUGUUUAUGGCGCAUUGGAAGAUACCGAGGAACCGAAACCAGCACCAGUCCGGCCUUCACUCGGUCUGGCUUUCUCAACAUCAACCCCAAACCGCAGUUUCCAAUGCCGUGCCGGCCUGGAUAAUGCUAGUCAAUGCGAUUUAUUCCAGCUGGGCCAGAUGACCCGUUUCUUCGCAAUGAGGGCCAAGACAAUCUUCCUUGGCUCCAACCUCCUAGACCCGGACUUCGACCUGGACGAUAGCGAAAACGAGGCCGAUGACGUUGACCAGGACCGAGCACUGGCUGCGUUGCCGUCAGACAUCCUCGCCCUCAUUACCUCUCUGAAGCAGUUUCCGGACUACCAAAUCGACAUGAAUCAUGGAAGCUGUGGUGUUCGGCGCCGUUUGCUUCCAAUUCUUCCAUGCAUCGAGAAGUACCUGCUGGAUCCGGGUGCUCUUUUAGGCAUCGAUCUUCAUACGUGGAGCCAACAGCCUAAUGACCAGCGAUGGAAGAAACGUAGAAGGCAGCACAAGGUCGAGAUUCGAUUUGAAAAAAUAGUCAAGGUCGAGUUUCCUCAUCAACAACCUCGAGUACCAUUGCCGUCGGAAGAUGCUGCUCUUCUGUUCACUGCUAGGAAGCGCAACUGGGAAGCGUGA